UUAAGAGCUGGCAACAAAUGGGUGAAGGAUGCACAGGGUCUCCUAAAGAACAGAAAAGGGGCCGAGACAGUCAUGGAGUUGAGACACACACAUAAACACAACUGCAGAUUGUGUUGAGUCCUUCCUUGCCAACUAGGAAAUCCCCCUGUUAAAGUAGUUGUCUGUUGUCCUGCUCCUAGUUGCUGAUAGGAUCCAUCAUGAACUCACAGCCUUCGGUGUUGCCUGCACACAAAGGGAACCCCUGUUCUCUGCUCUCUGGAAAAGCCGAGGAAGAUGCCCAUCUGCUUUCUACAGAGUUAGCUGAAGUUCUCACCAGAGAAAACUAGCAAAGAGGCAAUGUGCAAAGGGAUCAGUUAGGAAGAAUCCAGCCAAGUUCAGCUGCAGAAAAGCACCAGUACAAAACCAUGUUUCUGUGCUGUGACUUGGUUAAGAGAAGGCCCAGAAGGUAGCACAUCUCUAGAAUCUGCCAAGCCCCUAGGACCUUGAUCACAUGGCUGCAGGACACUGCAACAACCCAACCUGAGCACAGGGUGUCAGCCCGCGCAGCUGUCAAUGUGUGCUUGUGCUGUGACUGUACCAUGCAGUGACAGUGGAGGCUGCUUUGUCAUUAGCUGCUGUGUAUGGAGUGUGAUGAGCAGAGGCUGAUCUCUUCCCAGGCCCUCUCACCCUAGGCAGCAACGCGGUGUCCAGAGUGGAGGGAACCACCUCUAUGCUGUCUAUGACCGAUCCCUUAUGCACCCCAUCCAAACCAGCCAACUCCCUGGUGUCUCUUCCUUCUUGGUUUAAUCUCUGUCAUCCUUAUCCCACCUGGCUUCUCAGGGAGCUCUUGGAAGUGGAUGAGAUGGAAACCCCACCAAGUUCACAGCAGGAAACAUCUACCACUGGUGUUGCUGACCACCUGCCCAGUGACUCCUGCCUGCCUGAGGGCACUGUGCAAAUGUCUCCUGAUGCUGAGGUCACCCACAGUGUGCCAGGUGUAGAUGGGGAACACGCUUGUUCACACAAGAAAGAAGAACCUGUCACCGUUCUCCCAGAAAAUCAAUACCACGACGUGGAGGUACAAGAGCAAAAUGUCUCAUACACUUCCAGCAGGGAGCUCCCAGAGGAGCAAGAGCGGGAAGACCCAGACGACCCGCUGGACGAGUGCUACCUCACUCCCUCGAUUUCUCCAGUCGUUUCUGAGCUUGACCAUUCCACGUGGAGCAGCUGGUGCUUCCCGGAGCAUCAGGACGUGCUGUCUGCUCCAGAUGCAGACGAAAAGGAAAAUGACAAUGAUGAAGUGCAAGGGGAAGCACAAGCCCUGUCACACUGCAGUCUCAUCAGGGAGAUCCCAGAGAUUGAAGAUCAAGAUGUCUCACAAGACUCUCACGAAAAUCAAUACCACGAAGUGGAGGUACAAGAGCAAAAUGCCACAUACACUUCCAGUCUCAUCAGGGAGAUCCCAGAGAUUGAAGAUCAAGAUGUCUCACAAGACUCUCACGAACUGAGUUUUGUUGCUGCCCCUGAGAGGAAGACCCGUUCCCCGCUGGAGGGAGGUCCUCACAAAGAUGCCAUCACCAGCAUGUGUGGGAGUCAUAGCAUCAGCCCCAGUGAUGUCCCAAGUUCCCCAAAAGAAAAUGUGAUCAAAGGAAAAUGGAAGCCCAGGAAAUGGGAACUGGCCUGCAGGUUCCCUGGCCUGGAGAUGAAGGGCAAACCACAGCCCACAGUUAGUAAAAUUGCGUGCUGAUUCCCUGGCCAGAAGACGAAGGGGAAACCACAGCCCAUGGAGUGCCACCUCGCAUGGAGACUCCCUGGCCGGGAGAUGAAGGGAAAACCACAGACCAACACGUGGGCAAUGGCAUUCAGAUUCCUGGGCCUUCACGCCUAGACAGAGAUCCCAAAUACAGUUGGAAGUACAGAACAGUAUUGCUGAUUGUAACACCCCACCUCUUCCAAACAUCUACCACAGGAGCUCCACUUCAGCAGCAACCAGAACACCAAGAAUGCAGUUUCACCACCAUGAACUGCCCUCGGCUAUUUUUAUCCACUAGGCUGCUUCCCUGAGAGCUGGCACAGUCUCCCACCUCCAAUCUGAGUGAACACCGAAGGAGACCCAGGCCUGACUGCACAGCUGCUCUAGAGAGAACACCACCUGGCUCCUCUCCAACUGCCUCCUGCAGAGAUCUGAGGUCAGGAGGAGCUGGAAGCAAGCAGCACAGGACCCUGGGCACACACUGCCUUCGGAUGGGGCAAGCUCGGUGAGGGCAGUGUCAGAGACACAGUGCUCCUGCGCACAAGGCUGCAUGUGAGCAGAGGAGAGGAUCGGACUCCGAGGAUGAGGAGCCUGACCCAGACAGCUGGCCUGCCUCCUUCACACAGCCAGCGUUCCGCAUAGAGGACAGCAGGAGGAAGAGACUCUGGGGCUCCAAAGGACAGGAAGGGUCUCUUUCCUCCUUUUGAACCCCAACCAUCUCCCCCUUCUGCUGUCUUCCCUGAUGGGAACGCUGACUGUGUGAAGGCGCAGGCCAGGUGUCCGGCUCGGGGUCUGCAUCCUGAGAUCUCUGGUGCUUUCCUCAGUUUUACACUCAGCCUCACUCUUUGGCCAAGCACCCGAUGCAGGGGAUGCUGUGUGCUUCUCCCAACAUCCCCGCAGGAGGCAGAGAACAUCUUGUGUGCCCAUCACGUCCCCUGACCCUGGCAUCGGUCAGUUGGCGAAAGCUGUUUGUUGAUCUGUACAUCCUAAAGAUGGGCUCCUUCCACAUGUUCCUAACAACUGUGGAGAGGGUGACCCCUCAGAGCCUGAGCAAAAAGGGAGUGAGCAGCGGCCCUGGCGGAGGUCCGGUCAUCAACCCAGGAGGUGGCCGUGGAUGGGCAUGAUUACAGCAAGUUCAUGGUGAUGAAUGCAGCAGUGUGGCCAGGAGAGGACAGGUGGGUGAGGUGGACUGAGCCUGCAUCAAGAACCGGACACCUCUCUGAACAUUCCUCUCUCCACACCCAGAGUCAGGCAGGGCAGAUGCGGGCAGGACCUCAGCACGAGGACACUCGUCUCUUAGAGCUGCUGGUCCUGCCAACUCCACUCAGUGUUGCAGGAGAACUGGGGGCUCCUGCUGCAGGACGUGGGCCAAGGCAUCCAGAGCCCCAGCAAACUGCAAGGCCAUGUUCCUGCCGGCCUGAGGCAGCUGCAGGACGAGCAGGGGCCAUAUGCCUGCCCCCAACCCUGUCAUGGAAAACCGGGUCCUCACAGAUUCUGGAUGCCCGCUGCUUAGUAGGUGUUCCUGGUCAAAGAACAUACCGAGCCAAUGGCACCGCUGCCCUGGGGUGGACCUGUUUCUCACAGCUACCAUUCCUACUUCCACUGUCUGUCAUGCCUGUGAUAAAGACAAUUGUUUUCCUUUCAUGCAAAUUGGGAUCCUAGGGAGAGAAUUAUGUUUCCACCUGAGUGUGCCUCCUCUCAGUGUAACAGCUGCCUUAGACAUCCUGUCAGCACAUCGUGGGCAUCCUAAAAUCUACACCUUGUCAUUAAGAUAUCGCUGUCCAGGCCCAUAAGUGUCUCCAGUGUCCUGGAGUGCAAGUGGAAUAUUAAAAAUUUUGAUUCAGA